AUGAUGGACCUCUACCAAGCAGCGGCUCUAGGAGACACCAAAGUCAUAUUGGCUGCAGCCGAGCAAGGAUAUGAUAUUGAAAAGCCUGAUACUGACGGGAAAACGCCUCUCUGGUUUGCUGUCCAACACGACCAGUCAGAUGCUUCUAGACUUCUCGUCACCCGAGGAGCAAAUGUCGAGACACGAAACUUCAGUAUCCUUGAAGUCGCAGUCCAAAGAGGCCAUACAGAUAUUGUCGCCCUGCUGUGGCCGUAUUGUAAGGCAGAAAAAGAACUGCGAUCUCUAGAAAGCGCAAUCUCACUGGGUUUUCAUGAAAUCGCAGACUUCUUGGUCAGGAGCGGCGAAUUCGAUUAUCAGCACUCUCAAGCCUAUGGAACCGAUUUGCUCACGGGUAACGGAUUUCCCAAACGAGACUGUGCAGCUUUCCAAGAAUGGGAGAGCUUUAUUUUCGCCCGACAUGAAGGGCAGCUACAUUUGAACCGUUUGUUUUUUGACUACGCACUCCUCCUCUCUACGAAGGCAGAUCACAACGCUGGGCUUCGACUGGCAAAACUAUUGCUUAAGGAACCAAAUCCUAAGGCCGACGUAAACUGCGGGAUAAAGAUCAAUGGGCGAUUUGAGACGCCAUUGACUGCAGCGGCCGAGGCAGGCAACUUGGAAAUCCUCGCCGCUUUGAUUAACUGCCCAACCACAAACUUGUCCAUUCGUGGCAAAUAUAACUGGCCGGCUCUUCUCCACUUUCUAGUCAGUCCUCAGUCUAUCACCACGGAGAAAGGUCGGGCGAUUGCACAGAGAUUGUCUGUCAAGACUCAUGAUGAUGACCAUCUUUGGUUUAGUACUUGGGAAACUGGCUCCGAAACUGGCUUCAAAACUGGACUGGAAGCUGCGUUCCAGACUGUGAUUCAGUUCGGCGAUGACACGCUUAUGAAGCAGGUAAUCGAGCUUACCAAAGGUGCCACAGGAAUUUCUAUAGUGCCACUUUUGAUCAGAGCAAAUGAGUCUAGUGGCCUGAGGUGGAUCGUGAACCGCCCUAACAUGCAUGCGUCUGAGGUGCCACCAAUUCUUUAG